UCCUCAAUUUCCAACUUAGCAUCUUGGCAUACGCGACUAGAUUUUCCCAUGCAGGGCAGGCGAAGCCCCCUUAAAAAGUCUGCUUGACGGCCGAAAGCAAAAUAGCCACCCGGGCACCAAAACAGAGGCGCUGCAAGAACUUCCACCCCCAAAAAGAAAGGGGAAAAAAGAAGAAAACAACUGGAGAAAGAGAGAAAGGAAAGAUUUUUGGGGGGGAGGAGGAGGAGGAGGCAGCAGGUCUCCACAUACGGCUGUCUCUAUGCACCCGUGAGCGGCUGAGGAGGGGAAAAAUAAGCAAGGGGGAAAAAAGCUCAAAAGUGGAGGGGAAACUGUGUUAAACUUGCCACAGCUAUGGCUUACCCUCAGGGCUACUUGUACCAGCCGUCCGCCUCCCUGGCCCUCUACUCGUGCCCGGCAGCCUACGGCACCAGCGUCAUCUCGGGACCCAGGACGGAGGAGCUCGGACGCUCGUCGUCCGGCUCCGCUUUCGCACCCUACGCGGGAUCAACCACCGCCUCCACUGCGGCCGCCGCCGCCGCUGCAGCCGCAGCCGCCUUUAGCGGCGCCUCACCCGGCUACAACUCGCACCACUUGCCGUACGGCGCCGACGCGGCGGCGGCUGCGGCAGCCACUUUCACCUCGUACGUGAGCUCCCCCUACGACCACUCGACUGGCAUGGCCGGCUCCAUCGGGUACCACCCGUACGCAGCGCCUCUGGGCUCGUACCCGUACGGCGACCCGGCCUACCGCAAGAACGCCACGCGCGACGCCACCGCCACCCUCAAGGCCUGGCUCAACGAGCACCGCAAGAACCCGUACCCAACCAAAGGCGAGAAGAUCAUGCUGGCCAUCAUCACGAAGAUGACCCUGACCCAGGUCUCCACCUGGUUCGCCAACGCCCGCAGGAGGCUCAAGAAGGAGAACAAGAUGACGUGGACGCCGCGCAACCGCAGCGAGGAUGAGGAGGAGGACGAGAAUAUCGACCUGGAGAAGAACGACGACGACGACGUGACUCCUAAUAAUAAUAAUAAUAAUAACUUCAAACCCACCGGAGACAAGACUCAAGAAUCCUCGGAUACGGAAGCAGAUGCCAAAGCGCUGCACCCAGUGGACGUGGGUUGCGAUCGCUUCAAGGAGGACCCCUUGCACCCCAAGGACGCGGACCCCCUCCUGAGCGACUCCGAGUCCAAAGAACAGGAGGACUCGCAGGAACGGACUACGGACUUGUUGUUGGAUUCUUCUUCUUCAGCCUGCGGCGGUAAGCCGACCACGUCAUCCCCACGCUCGGUGGGGGCCCGUUCGUCGGACCUGAGCCACGCGCCCACCUCCGUUAUCCACUCGCCCCCUUCAGCCCCCAAGCCUAAACUGUGGUCCCUUGCGGAAAUCGCCACCUCAUCGGAUCGCUGCAGAAGCAGCGGGGACACGCAGCAAGUCCAGCGGAGCGAGCAGCAGUCUUGCCCGGUCGUCAUGGGCCCCGCGUCGGGCUCCCCUUCCCGGUCCUCCCCCGGCGUUCUCUCGCGGCCCCUCUAUUACGCGUCGCCCUUCUACCCCGGCUAUACGAACUACCACGGGGCCACUUUCGGACACCUUCACGGCUCCGGCCCCAGCAGCACCCCCUCCUCCACGGCGCACUUCAAUGGAUUAAACCAGACUGUGUUAAGUAGAGCCGAAGCUUUGGUGAGGGAGAGCCACAGAGUGAGGGGCCAAACGCAGGUAGAGCUUUGUAAAGACCCCCCUAACGAAAUGAAGAAAGGUAUGUCGAACAUUUAACAGCUCCGACAUUAAAAAAAGGACUUCUUUUUAAUUUAUUUGAAAAAAAAAACCAACAAAAACAAUCCAACAUCUGAGCAUUAUAUUCGCCCUCAUUGAAGAAAAAAAAAUGUUUAGUUUCUCAACGAGUGUAAACGAGAAUGGUCUUAAGGCUGCAGCCGGUUAUUUGUAUUAAACAUGUAUAUUUAAUGUAGCUCUUUUGUAUUUAAGAAAAUGGACGACACGCUAUCUUUGAAGUAAAUUAUGGAGAGAGAAACAACUAUAUAAAUAUAUUUGUGCAGCGGUUA